AAAAAAAAAAAAAAAAAAGAGAGAGAGAAAGGAGAGGUUGAAAGAAAGGGAGAAGAAGAAAAGAGAAAUGAGCGAUGAAAAAAAAAAGCGAGGCUGCACCUAGAUAAGCCGGGAUGAGACAUAGGGCCUGCCAUGGUAGAAUUGAUACAUGCAUAUGAAUGAGUGAUUAUGAAUUGCUUAACCCUAACAUUAGCUGUUUUACAGAGAAGAGUUAAGGUAAAAGUGGUUGGUUUGUGGCCAUACUGGCAACGCAUCAUUAUUUCACAAGGUCAAAGGGCAGUAUCGGAAUGACGGAAGGGACUUCGCUACCGAUGAUCAACAUGGGGGAUGAAACGGAAUGGGUGGCUCAACAAGAAUCUGCCAUCGCCGAGGAGAAUAGAAUUCUCAGGCAACAAAUGAUUGAGAUGUUGCAAGGAUGGUCGAAUGGUCAACAACCUCCUCAGUCAAUCCCUGGGUUCCCCGACAUCACUUCCGUCGCACAGGCAUGCUCACAAGCACCGUUAUCUACUGCGGAAGACCCGGUAUACCCACCUGGGUUCGGUCAUUACACCAAUUUGCCGAAUACGGCGGAAACUUCUGUAGGUCGUCCUCCAAGGGUACCAAUCAGGACCGAUCAUUCCGGGAUUGCAACCACUGGGCCUGCCUACACAUACUCACUGUCUAACCCCAAUCAUGUUGCAAAUGUAAGACCCGUUUACACAAUACCGCCACCUGCGGUUAUGCAAAGGUCAAACCUUGUGCCACCAUCUGACAUCCGUCAAGAGCAGCAUUUUGCACCCGAUUUUGCAUUUGGGGCUCCUGAUCCUUAUCAUCAGACUCUACAUUUUAGUCCUCUAAUCGAUUCUGAAGGACCUGCUAAGAAUGCGGUUACGCAUCUUGGCCAUGAAUAUAGAGGUCCUGCUAAGAAUGCGGUUACGCAUCUUGGCGCUGAGUAUGGAGUUGCUACUAAGAAUGUAGAGCAUGACGAAAUGGUUAGGAAGAUGAAAAGUCUAGAACAAGCUAUGAAGAACUUGCACGGAUCAGGAAGCUAUAAAAGCGUUUCAUACAGUGAUUUGUGUAUGUUCCCGAGUGUUCACUUACCUCCGGGGUUUAAGACACCGAAGUUUGACAAGUACGAUGGGCACGGUGAUCCCAUAGCUCAUUUGAGGAGAUACUGCAACCAACUGAGAGGAGCUGGGGGUAAUCAGGAAUUGCUCAUGGCUUACUUUGGGGAGAGUCUGACUGGUUUAGCUUCGGAAUGGUUUAUUGAUCAGGACAUUGUGAAAUGGCAUACUUGGGAUGAUAUGGCAAAUGAGUUCGUGCAACAAUUUCAGUACAAUAUUGAUCUGGUUCCUGAUAAAAAGUCUCUAACCAACCUGAAGAAGAAAGUUACCGAAAGUUUUAGGGAGUUUGCGGUUCGUUGGCGUGAACAAGCUGCAAGGGUAAAGCCACCAAUGAGAGAAGGAGAGAUGGUGGAGACUUUUCUCCAAGCACAAGAUGAGACAUAUUAUCAACACAUGAUCCCAGCCUUAGGAAAACCGUUCAUUGAGGCCAUUAAAAUGGGAGAAAUAAUAGAAGAAGGAAUCAAAACAGGACGCAUUGUCGGCUUUGCCGCGUUGAAGGCAACAACCCAAGCCAUUCAAAAUGGUUCAGGGAGUUUUGGUGGAAAGAAGAAAAAGGAAGACGUAGCUACGGUUGCGCCUGGGCUACGGCGAAACCCGAGGGGCCCGCCUCGCCAAUACACUCAACCCCAACCCCAACCCCAACCCCAAAACUACACCCAAGAUCCAUAUAAUUACCCACAACACUACUUCCCUCCCCAAAACCCACAAUAUUCUAUUCCGCCCCCUCAGUACCCCAUAUACAGUACGCAGCCAUAUGUCCAGCCCCCUUGUUACCCGCAAUGGCGUGCACCAACCCCGCAAGUCCGUCCUCCACCUCCACAGACUUACCAAGGCCCUCCCAGAUCCAAUUUUCGGCCCAGGCCGGAGUACAAAAGGGAAAAUACGGUCAAGGAUAACUUUACCCCCAUUGGGGAAUCAUAUGCUGAUUUGUUUCAGAAGUUGAGGGCAUUAAAUGUUUUAAGCCCAAUUGAAGGAAGGAUCCCAAACCCUCCUCCGAAAAAUCUUGAUUACUCUCAAAGAUGUGCUUAUUUCUCUGAUACCCCGGGACACAAUAUAGAGAAAUGUUGGUAUUUGAAGAAAGCAAUCCAAGAUUUGAUUGAUACACAACAAAUUGUGGUGCAAAAUGCAGAUAUACCGAAUAUCAAUCAAAACCCACUACCAAAUCAUAAAGAAACAAAAAUGUUGGAGUUGAUCUAUGGUAGUGAUGGGUCUGAUGUUCCAUACAAGCCUAUCAUGAAGAUUGAAGCAGGCGUGGAGAAAUCAGUAAAUGUGGCAGAUUCCGCAAAAACAGCACCUUUGGGGUUAAAUGAGGUUACAAAGAGACCAAUCCAGUCAGACGCGAUGAAACCCUUAUUGAUUGUGAAGGGAGCUCCAGAGAAGGUUGGGGCAAGUCAGGGAAAACCAAAGUUGAUCGUGCCAGGGGUGUCGAGCAGGCCUAUUUUAACUGUCAAAGGGGCGUUCACCACUCCUAUCAUUAUUAAGCCAGUGACACAACUUUCAAUAGUUGAUGCUAAGGCGGUUCCCUGGAAUUAUAAUCAGACUAUGGUUACUUACCAAGGGAAGGAAAUCAUCAAAGAAGUAGACGAAGUAGGGGGCCUGACUCGUUCAGGAAGAUGCUUCGCUCCGGAAGAGUUAAGGAAAACCAAGCAGGUAAGGGAAGGCCAAAUACCCGUUAAGAAACCAGUAACAGAGGAAGAAGCUGAAGAGUUCUUGAAAAAGAUGAAAUUGCCAGACUAUUCCAUUGUGGAGCAAUUAAGGAAAACCCCUGCUCAAAUCUCUUUGUUGUCUUUAUUAAUACACUCAGAUGAACACCGCAAAGCUUUGUUGAAGAUUUUGAAUGAAGCUCAUGUCCCUACUGAGAUUACGGUUAAUCAAUUGGAGAAAAUUGCUGGGAGGAUCUUUGAGGUAAAUAGAAUCACUUUCUCAGAUGAUGAACUACCCGUUGAAGGUACUGGACAUAACCGAAGCCUUCAUAUUACUGUAAAAUGUGAGCUUUCCUAUGUCACGAGAGUUUUGAUUGAUGGGGGCUCUGGUGCAAACAUUUGUCCUCUGUCAACCUUACAAAAACUAAAUGUAAGUACUGAAAGAAUUCGACCAAAUAAUGUGUGUGUUAGAGCUUUUGAUGGAGCGAAAACUGACGCCAUCGGUGAGAUAGAUCUUGUGCUUACAAUAGGGCCUGGUGAUUUUACCAUAGAUUUUCAAGUAUUGAACAUCAAUGCCUCCUAUAAUAUGUUGUUGGGAAGACCGUGGGUACAUAUGGCUGGGGCAAUCCCAUCCACAUUGCAUCAGAUGAUCAAGUUUGAAUAUGAUAGGCAGGAAGUGAUCGUUCACGGUGAAGGGGAUUUGUCCAUUUAUAAAGACUCCACUGUUCCCUUUAUCGAAGUGCAUAAUGCUGAUGAAACACUGGUGUAUCAAGCUUCUGAUAUAGUGGUAGCUGAGCAGAUCCCUGAAGGGAAACCCAUUCUGAGACCGCAGUUGCCUCCAACAUCUGUUAUGGUGGUAAAUGAAAUGUUGAAAUAUGGUUUUGAGCCAGGAAAAGGCUUGGGGGCUUCUCUACAAGGUAUGGUUUAUCCGGUGUGUCCACGUGAGAGUCCAGGUCCAUUUGGUCUGGGGUUCAAACCAACGGCUGAAGAUAGAAAGAGGGUUAAAAAGCGAAAAAAAGAAUCAUGGUCACUUACUAAGCCUGUGCCACCAAUCUACAAGUCCUUCGUCAAGAAUACCAGCAGUUUUUCCCAGCCAGUACUGGAUGUGGAUUUUGGGUUGAUUGGGUGUUUCCAGAACUUGUUUGUUGAAGCUGAUAUGGUUGAAAUGGGAGGGGGUCCCAGUAACGCGGAUGUGCAGUUCAUUGGCCAUGAUGUCCAACUCAGCAAUUGGGAAGUCACUCCUCUCCCAACCAGGAAGGAGUUUUGUUCUGUUUGUGCUGGUUCUAAUGAUAUGACAUGCAUGCGGAAUUCUCAGCCAGAUCUUAAAAUCCGACCUAACCAUGAAACAAUGAACCAAGAAGUUGAAUAUGAUGAAGAAGAAGUAUUUCAGGAAAAAGAAUUAAUCCAGGCUUUGUUUAAAUAUAAGGAUGUUUUUGCAUGGUCUUAUGAUGAUAUGCCGGGUUUAAGUACUAAAUUGGUGGUUCACAAAUUGCCAACUGACCCCACAUUCCCUCCUGUGAAGCAGAAAUUAAGGAAACUAAAAUCAGACAUGAGUUUGAAGGUUAAAGAAGAAAUCGAAAAACAACUUGAGUCCAAAGUCAUCCGAGUCGCUCGAUACCCUACUUGGUUAUCCAAUGUUGUCCCCGUUCCGAAGAAGGAUGGCAAAACGCGUGUGUGUGUGGAUUAUCGUGAUCUAAACAAAGCAAGCCCGAAGGAUGACUUUCCAUUGCCCAAUAUCCAUAUUUUGUUAGACAACUGUGCUAAGCAUGAGAUUGCGUCUUUUGUAGAUUGCUACGCAGGGUAUCACCAGAUCGUUAUGGAUGAUGAUGAUGCAGAGAAGACAUCCUUCAUCACAGAAUGGGGUACAUAUUGUUAUCGAGUCAUGCCGUUUGGGUUGAAGAAUGCUGGGGCAACAUAUAUGAGAGCGAUGACCACCAUAUUUCACGAUAUGAUGCAUAAAGAAAUUGAAGUAUAUGUGGAUGAUGUGAUCAUUAAAUCAAGAAAGCAGUCUGACCAUGUCAAGGAUUUGGUGAAAUUUUUCGAAAGGCUUCGCAGGUACAAUCUUAAGCUCAAUCCAGCGAAAUGUAUAUUUGGAGUCCCGUCAGGGAAACUUUUGGGGUUUGUAGUCAGUCGGCGUGGUAUUGAAUUGGAUCCUGCAAAGAUCAAAGCUAUUCAGGAGUUACCACCGCCAAAGAACAAAACCGAGGUAAUGAGCCUACUUGGGAGGUUGAAUUACAUUAGUCGAUUUAUUGCUCAACUCACAACAACUUGUGAGCCCAUUUUUAAGUUGUUAAAGAAGAAUGCUGCGAUUGAAUGGACUGACGAAUGCCAAGAAGCGUUUGACAAAAUCAAGAGGUAUCUGUCGAAUCCACCUGUAUUGGUUCCUCCCGAGCCUGGGAGACCUUUAAUAUUGUACCUAUCAGUUCUGGACAAUUCCUUUGGUUGCGUAUUGGGUCAACAUGAUGUUACAGGCAAGAAGGAACAGGCAAUCUAUUAUCUCAGCAAGAAGUUUACUACUUAUGAGGCUAAGUACACUCAUCUAGAAAGGACGUGUUGCGCUUUGACUUGGGUUGCACAAAAAUUGAAACAUUAUCUUUCGUCCUACACUACUUAUCUUAUCUCCCGCUUGGACCCUUUGAAGUAUAUAUUUCAGAAACCCAUGCCCACGGGCAGGCUUGCAAAAUGGCAGAUAUUACUCACGGAGUUUGAUAUUUCGUAUGUGACUCGGACCGCGAUGAAAGCCCAAGCCUUGGCAGACCAUCUGGCGGAGAACCCAGUGGAUGAAGAAUAUGAGCCAUUGAAAACGUACUUUCCUGAUGAAGAAGUGUCAUGCCUCGAGGAGGUCAUUCCGGAUAACGAUCCGGGUUGGAAGUUGUUUUUUGAUGGGGCUGCUAACAGGAAACGAGUUGGGGUAGGGGCCGUUCUUAUCUCAGAAUCAGGACAACAUUACCCUGUAACAGCCCAGCUUCGAUUUUAUUGUACCAACAACAUGGCGGAGUAUGAAGCUUGCAUUUUGGGUUUAAGGUUAGCUAUCGACAUGGGGAUUCAAGAAUUAUUGGUAUUGGGGGAUUCAGACUCUCUAGUCCACCAAGUUCAAGGAGAGUGGGAAACCCGUGAUUUGAAGCUUAUACCAUAUCACCAGUGUUUGCAGGAUCUUUGCAGACGGUUCAUAACAGUAAAAUUUAAGCACAUUCCUAGGAUUCAUAAUGAGAUUGCUGAUGCUUUGGCCACCUUGUCUUCAAUGCUCCAGCACCCAGACAAGGCUCACAUUGACCCUUUACAUAUACAAACUCACAAUCAACAUGCUUAUUGCAAUACAGUUGAAGAGGAACUUGACGGUGAGCCUUGGUUCCAUGAUAUUAAAUAAUAUACCGAGUUGGCGAA